AUGAGCUCCAAGACCAGCACUCAGCGCGUCCCUCCCCCAGAGAAACCAGAGACAACCCGGACCAGGUUCAAGGUUAUUGCGGCCUUUUGGGCUGUGAUUAUCUUUCUGGGUUUGCCUAUCUGGUGGAAGACGACGUCGAUUUACAGAGCACAUUUGCCUUUCCAGGAGAUGGUCGAUUGGGCUGAUGCCAAGAGUUGCAGACCUGUUUUCCCAUUAGAAAUUCAAAUCGCUGCUCCGUCAGUGCCGGACCUCGAAGCGCAGUUACUCCUCCGUACAACGCAACAUACCCUCGAUGAUCUCAACGAAUUCUCGGCCCAUCACCUGCGAUUGAAAUUGGCAGAAGAUGGAGACAAUACUGGAGAUAUUAGGGAAGAAGUGCACGGGAAACCGGAUACUGCGUUGACCGUUCGUCUGGUGCCGCAGGACAACCUGCCAAUACCCAGAUCGGAAUUGAACCUGGAAACCACCCAACUGGACGUGUUCUACUCCCCCAAUCAAAGCCCGAUUCCUUCGUUGUCCAAUUCACCGUUAUCGACCUUUAUUGCUGGUGAAUUGCAACGUUUGUUCAGUGAGGAGAAAGCGACCAUCGCGCACAUCUUGUCCAACGGCCAUACCCAACUAUCAGAGAAUAUCAGCCGGAGACUGAGACGGUCGUUGAAGUACGCGGAUACAUAUCAUUUGGCUUUCUCACUGUUCACUCCGGGACCUGCACCUUCAUCAUGGGAGGUUCAAGAAGCUAUUGAGGGUUACCUUUCGCCGCUCCUGGAAGCCUUUUCCCCAAUCAGCAACUUCACGGUCGACACGCAAGUUCAAUUGUACGCGACCUUUUCGCCUACGGCACCGUUGCCCGAGUUUGAUGAGUCGCAGUCUGCAUGGACCUUGAAGCAAGAAGAUCUCAGCGCCUUUGUUAACGCCGCAGAAUGGCCCUUGAGUCCUAGCAUUGGCAGUGGCCCGACUAUCAACUUCCUCCUCUACGUCCCUGACCCAUCCCAGUCCCCCAUGGUCGUCAAAGAGAACACUGCAACAAGCUGGAUCAUCCCCCAAUGGGGCGGUGUUUUUCUCCUCAAUCCAUCCCUAUCCAACGAAAACCCAUCAAACCCACCACACCUAUCCAAAGACUCCCUCCGUCCCGCCUUCAUGACCUUCUCCCACCAACUCCUCACCCUCUUGGGCACCCCAACAACACCAACCUCCCUUCCCCUCCGCCUGCAAACACUAAUCCGCAUCCGCGCGGCAACCCUCCUUCUCUCCGCCUCCUCAACAAUGGGUUCCCUAGCCCGUCUCACCGAAUCACUCCCCUCAAUCCCCAUACCAGCCACAGUCGCCGCAUCCGUCUCAACAACCCUCUCACACCUCUCCGCAGCGUGUACCCAUCUACGUGAGGGCCGCUUUUCCGCCGCCCUGGAUAAUGCGCGGGUAGCCGAGACGGAGGCAGAACGCAGCUUCUUUGAGAAGAGUAUGGUGGGACAGGUGUAUUUCCCAGAUGAGCAUAAGGUGGCUGUUUACUUGCCGUUACUGGGGCCUAUCGGGGUGCCGCUUGUUGUUGGGUUGUUGAAGGAGAUUAAGAGGAUCAUUAAGGGGUUGAAGGGCCAGUAG